ACUUCUAGUCAUUGUGGAUGGAAUCGUAUCAAUCACACUCUGGCUUACAGGGGGAGAUUCAGACUACUUCAUGGACAGUAUUGUGGCAUACAAACUAAAGCAUUCUGUGUUUGACCUUGCAAUAUUAGGGUUUCUCAAGGUGAUUGUCCAUGCCCCGGCAGUGACAGUUCUAGAGUCAGUGACCUUGAAACUAAUUGAUCAUCCCUAUAAAGGUAGUUUACAUGUAGCUUCAAAGCUUCUCCAUAUUUUGAACUUUUUCCUGAGUUUGGGAUCUCUGGCGUUCACAACUACCAAAGGAGGAUUAGUUCUCUAUGACAUUUUACAUGAGAAGUCAUAUACACACAUGCACGCCACAUACAAUGCUCUUCUGAUCAGCGCCGUGACUUUCUCUCUGAUUGAGUUUGGAGUUUUCUGCUACAGCGUGAAGGCAAUGAAGAACCUUGAGUCUAUCAGAAUUUGGCACAUUUACGAUGAAGAUGGUCAAGAAAUUGACAAGGAUGGUAAUCCAGUGAAGAAAAAAGUGAGCAUAGGAAGAGUGCUGUCCCUUGCAAAACCUGAAAUACCAUUGUUGACAACAGCGACAUUUUGUCUGUUUGUAUCAAGCGGCACUCAGAUGAUAGCACCAUUAUAUUUUGGUAAAGUGGUUGAUGCUGCACAGAAAAGCAUGAGUGAACUAAACAAGACAAUUCUGACCCUGUUUGUCAUUUAUAUUGGUGGUGCAUUUUUUGCAAUGGGUAGAUCAUGGUUGUAUACAUUGUCCGGACACAGAGUUGUGGCCAGACUCAGGAAAGACCUUUUUGGGUCAAUUAUCAAACAGGAUAUUGCCUUCUUUGACACAAACAGGACUGGUGAGUUAUGCAACAGGCUUUCUUCUGAUACCCAAGUUGUACAGAAUGCUGUCACUGUGAAUAUUUCAAUGUUGGCUCGUAACACGCUGCAGAUAAUUGGAUCACUAAUUUUGAUGUUCACCUUGAAUCCAGCUCUGACAGGUGUCCUGCUCUCUGUUGUACCUGUUGUGGCUAUAGGAGCUGUUCAGUAUGGCAUGUUUAUGAAGAAACAGUACCAAAUGUUCCAGGAUCGUUUAGGAGAUGCCGGGACACAAGCAGAAGAAAGUCUAUCCAGUAUACGUACAGUCCGUACAUUUUCUGCAGAGAAGAAGUCUUGUGGUUUAUAUGGAAAAGAUAUUGAUAAAAGUUACGCUAUUGGUGCCAAACUUGCUGCAUUAGGUGGUAUAUUUGAAGGUGGUAUAGGAAUUUUAGUAUAUGGUGCAAUCACCCUCGUCUUGUGGUAUGGCGGCAGACUUGUACAUGAGCAUGUUAAUGACCCAAGCAAAGGAAUCUCUCCUGGUAUUUUUACAGCGUUUUUGUUGUAUUCCUUACAAAUUGCCUUGGCCUUUGCUAUGAUGUCCUCUCUAUAUGGCGACUUUAUGAAGGCUGUAGGAGCUUCUGUGAGAAUUUUCGAUCUUAUGGACAGGAAGCCAAAAGUAUCAAAUGAAAAUGGAAGGAGAAUACCCGAUCUCAAUGGGCGUAUAGAAUUUAAGUCAGUAGAAUUCAUCUAUCCGUCCAGACCGGAAACGAAAGUUAUAAAAGAUUUAACACUAACAGUAGAACCAGGACAGAUGGUGGCUCUGGUAGGCCCCUCUGGGGGAGGUAAAUCGACACUCGUUAAUCUUAUAGAGCGGUUCUAUGAUCCAGAUGUGGGAUGUAUAUCAUUAGGUGGUGUUGAUCUACGUGAACUUGAUCCAGAGUGGAUUCGGCAGAAGAUAUCGAUGGUGAGCCAGGAGCCGACUUUGUUUGCCUGCUCUAUAAAAGAGAAUAUUGCUUACGGCAAGCAGGCAUCUCUUGAUGAGGUGAUGGCUGUGGCCAAGGAAGCGAAUGCUCAUGAGUUUAUUACAACAUUUGAAGAUGGGUAUGAUACUCUGGUUGGUGAGCGCGGUAUACGCCUUUCAGGAGGUCAGAAACAAAGAGUGGCAAUUGCCAGAGCAUUAAUCAUGGAUCCAAAAAUACUUCUACUUGAUGAGGCGACCAGUGCACUAGACGCAGAGUCUGAGCAUCUAGUACAAGAAGCUAUAGAUAGGGCAAUGAAGGGUCGAACAGUUGUUAUUAUAGCUCACAGACUGUCUACAGUUAGAAAUGCUUCUAAAGUUGUUGUCAUAGACAAAGGUGAAAUAGCAGAACAGGGUACACAUGAGGAAUUGUUAGAGAGAAACGGUGUGUAUAAACGCCUAGUGUUACGGCAGCUGACUGCAGGGGCUGUCAUAGAUCCAAUCACAGACAAGCUGGUGAAUGUAGGAACAAAUGACAAUGAUGACCUACUAGAUUAGUGCCAUGAUUUUGGAAAUAUUCAAGUGUUUUAUCAUAUCUCCAAUUGUGAGCCAGGUUGUUCAUCACUGACUGUCCACUGGACUUCUGUUGUGUUUUAAGCACGUUUUUUUGCUUGAUUUCAGCUAACGGGUGGAACGGACGUUCAGUAUGCUGAACUGAAUGAACUUUCAUGAUAGGCACAUAUCCUAUUGCCGAAAAGCUUGUGUCGUACUGUUGUGGAAUUUUUGUAUUAAUGGCAUUUUUUAAUAUAUGGGAUACACUACGGAAAUGUGAUUUUGGACUUUCAAGUCAAAAUGUGCAUAUUUAUACUCGCAAGGGCUUUAAAAAAUCAUAUAUCGCAAUUAUUUCAUUCUUUAAGCUUGUGCUCAAAUACUUAAAUAUUUGAUAUUCACUGAUUAUUUUUUAUGUAAUCAAGACGAUGGAUUCUUUUUGGCAGACUUGAACGCAACGUUCUUCACCUAUGCUCGUGUAACUCGUGCUGUACACGUCUUACAAAUUUCACAGCGAGCAUUUUCAAAAAUUAAAUGUAAUUAAAUUUUAAAGCUAAUUACAACCAUGAACGACCUCUUCUUUUCAAAAUUUCCAAAUUUUUCUUACAUUAUAGUUCUACUGAUUGCAUUGAUUUUAAUUCUUAACGAACGGUGGCUGUAAAGCGACAGUAUCAAACACCACCCAGUUAAGGGUAAAUGCCACAGUUGCCUAUAUGUAUAUAGGGCAAAAAAAUGCUACUUGCAGAAUUUCUUUAAACUUUGUGUACUGACUGAGAAUCAGGUUUAUUACGGAAAUAUGUAUCAAAAUCAUAGGUACCCAGACUUGAUCUUGAAUUAUCUGCCCUUGAAAGUAGAUUUUUUUCAGUAUUUUCCGACUUUCAAGGGCAGAUAAUUCAUGACCAAGGCCGAGUUCCUAUGGUUUGUUUUAUUUCAUAUUUCUGUCUUUGAUUUGAUUCUCUGUCAGUAAAAAAGAAUUAAAGAAGAAAUUCUUUCUGUAUGAAAAUUUUUGCCCCAUGUCAGUUAAAGACUGUUGCAAAUGUUCUUAACUGUGAACAUGACAAAAUGAUACCACAAAGUCCUGGUCUUUCUCAUGGACCAAAUUUCUUUAAACCUUGUAUACUGACUGCAACUGAAGUCUGAAACAAAAAUAAAAAUUAAAAGGCACAGUUCUCUUUCCAUGAUGUUGAAUUAUCUGCCCUUGAAAAUUGGAUCUUUUAGUAUUUUCAGAUUUUCAAGGGCAGAUAAUUCAAGAUCAAGCCUUGGUACCUAUGAUUUUAAUACAUGUUGCGUGUAGUUUAAAAAGGCCCAAGAACAAAUGCGUAUUCGUACAAUGAUUCUGUAUUGCAUGUUGUGAUUCUGUAAUUUGCAACGGUUACUUACUUCGAACAAAGUAACUUUAAUUAGUAUCAUUUUAUGUUUAUGAAAAGGAAGUAAAAUCAAUGUAAUUGUCUGUUCAGAUCUUAAGUUUCAAGAACUUGAUUACAAUAAACUGCAAAAGAUUUAAAUUGAUUUACUAGUCUAUUUGACAGUUGUGUCGUUAUACGUAAGCUGAUAUCUCAGUACCCACUAAUGGGAUGGGAUUGAAACUUCACACUUUUAUCCACUGUCAUGAACUGAUAUGAAGUACACAGGUCCCAUAACCCUGUUUGCAAUUUAACAAAAUUAUGCUCCUUCGAUUUUUAUAUUCAUUCAAUUAACAAGGCUGUUGAACAGUCGAGCGUUGCUGUCCUUCGACAGCUCAUUUUAUAUUUCUACAUCUAACAGUUUGUAUUGUGAUGAAUAUAUGUUAUUAUUCUAUAUCUAUUUUAUCUAUCCAAUCGUGAACGUUCAUUUGCAACACGUGGCCGUACAAUAUAUUACCUUAUUGGACGCAACUGCGUACAAAAAACCUGUAUUUUUUCUGUAUUUGGACGGAUCAAAAAGUCCCAUGUUAAACGAUAAAGCCCGAAACGCGUGAAAAUGUUCCGAAUGUAAAUCGGGUGAAGUAGGCGCCUUGUGUGCAGAGUUAGAUUAUGCGUAUUGAAAUGAGGAAGGCAGAAAUACAAUAUUCAGUGAAUCAUUUUUAAUUUAAACUAAAAUAAAAUAGAUCUAGAAUAAAAAGGUUAUUUAACAUUGAACUGUACAAUACGGGAUAUAUUUGGACUCAUACCCAGCUGGGAAAAGCAUAUUGGACUCACCUAGCGGCUCGUCCAAUAUGUUUUUUUCAGCUGGAUUCUCGUCCAAAUAUAUCUCCGUAUUGUACAGAGCAAUGUUAAAUAAACUAAUAAUAAUGAAAUAAGUAUUUUAGAUGUUCCGCUUGUCGUUUAAAAGUCGUUAAUUGUAUAACCAGCAUUGCCAUUUGAUUAUGUAGUACUGACACAUUUGAAUGUACUUUUUUAUAAUUCUGGUGAUAAUCUCAGGGUUCACUUAUCUAUGUUUUGUGAUAUUUUUAAAUUAUAUAUUUAUAAUUGUAUAAUGUAAUUUUUAAUAUCCAGCAAUGUUUGUAGAUAAGCAAAGUGUUUGUACAAUUCAGACUACACGGAAUAAUUGUCAUCUAAAUAGAAACUUAAUCAAGACAUUUUACAGUAAUGCUGUCGUUUACAAAUAGCAAUUUAUACAGACAAUCGGUCACAGUUCAUGCCAGUUUGCAUCUUGCAAAUUCUCUUAUAUAAACACAUUUUACACAUUCUAUUUUUAUACUGCAUUGUAUGCAUCAGUUCUCUUUUAAUUGUGUUUGAAUCCAGAGAUUAAACGUUUAUGAUCGUGUUUACA